UCAAGUGGAGACACCCUUCUCCAUACCUCCAAGAAAGGCGUUGGCGAACAAAUUAGUUCGCCGGCGAUGCGGUGGUUAUUCCUUGGCCUUGUUUGGCUGUCGGCAGCCAUGGAUGACGAGUGUGCGGAAGACGGAUGUGCACUGAACAUACUGCAGCUGUCCGGCAGGAAGACGGAUGCAUCCCUGGAGGAGUUGGACGAGGUCAAUGGCACGAGCUGCCGGAACUUUAUUCUCAAGGGCAAAGUUCAGAUGGUCCACUAUCGCAACUGGGCAGUGGGCAAAGCUUCGCACUAUGGGGUCAAAGGAUGGGUGGCCAAUGGCGGCGACAAGAGCUAUGACGGUUCUCACUCCCCGUGCCCCACCUGCGGCUGCGUGCUGGGGCACGUGGAGGGCUCCGGGAAGGCCGUGAGCGGGUUCCUGAAGGAGAUGUGCCGCGGGGGCCCGGCGCACUCCUACGUCUCCUCCUGCAAAGUGGAGAAUGCUGGCUGCUACGGGUGCCGCUCCUUCUACAAGGAGAAUCACUUUUGCCAGACCUGGACGGUGUCCCACUGCAAAAGCCGCUGCUGAUUUGCGCCGCAGCGCGCGGCGCGGAGCGCGGAGAGCUGAAUGAUUUGCGAGAGGUCAAUGAGUUUGGGCGGUCUGAGCAACUUAGGCGCCUGGUGGUCGGUUGUUUGGCCUCUUUAUCCUGUCUAUGUGCUUUGUUUCCUUUUGGUUGAUUCCUGAAGUCUCGCCUUGGGAGAAUUCGAGAGACCACGCCGUGAUGAAUCAAUCCUGUCGUGGGGAUGCAUCCUAUUUGAAAGUUCACAUGGAUGCUUGGUUUCACC